CCAUUGUGGAGUGAAUCACACACUUACACAAGCCUUGAAACCCCGGGCGGUUUUACUUCUCAGAUAGGCUUCUCACAACAGGUGGCUGGUUUGCACCGGGGCCUCUUGGAUUUCCCUUUCAAAAAUGGAGAAGAGAGAUCACAGCCACUGAAGGGGGGACCAUGAGAGGUGCAAAGGCAGGCACGCAUGAUGGUGGGGCACAGCGGUGGGGAGCUCAGUGCUGACUUCCCUGCUGGGCUGCUAGAUUUCCUGGAUGCGGGUCCUUAUGAAACAGCUUCUCCAUGGCAAGGGACAGCUGGUAAGAGUGACUGAAUCCAUCUGAUUGCUGAGAGCAAGAACGCGCAAACAACUUGUUUAGCCAUCCGACUAUAUAACCAGAGUUCUAAUUACACCAGCGCAGUAGAUGGGAUGCACGGUUAUGAAAUUCAGCUGAGGGGAACAAAACACACACACCCCAACAUGUGGGUCAGCAGACUCUAAGGUCCUCACCCUCAGUUAACCUUUCCGAACUGGUUCUUCCCAUCAAAGGGAUUGGCCAAGGAGUGUGAGGUGAAGAUCCUAAUGUGUGAAAAAUGAAGUCCCAGGAAACGAUACUUUGCUGUUUAAUGUUAUUCCUGGCCACAGAAUGUUCUCACUAUAGAUCCAAGGUGCGCAUCAAAGAUGGAGAUAAACAUCAACAUCCUGAAGGGAAACUCAAGACUGGAACGAUACAAGAGAAAUGCCGUGGACCUUGCCUCACUGCUUCCAACUGCAGCCAGCCUUGUGCUCAGCACUUUCGCGGAGAAAUAGGAUUUACGUGUCAUCAAAACAAGUGGCAAAAAUCAACUGAAACGUGUACAAGCUUAUCUGUGGAAACGUUCUUUAAGGACUUCAAUAGUGCAUUACGCCUUUCCGUAGCCGCAGCAUCCGUCCCUCUGUAUGUUCUUGACUUCCGAGCUCCAGAGCCCCUGGAGAGUGUAGCCCAAGGAAUCCGCAGGAACUGUCCAGUUGAUUACGCCUGCAUAAUUGAUGUUGUGAAAUCAUCAGAAGCCACGUCUGGAAACAUUGCAUUUAUAGUGGAGUUAUUACGAAAUAUUUCUACGGAUUUGUCCGACAAUGUUACCCCAGAGAAGAUGAAGAGUUAUAGUGAAGUGGCCAACCACAUCCUCGAUACAGCAGCCAUUUCAAAUUGGGCUUUCAUUCCAGACAAAAAUACCAGCUCGGAUUUUUUGCAGUCAAUGAAUCUGUUUGCAAGGCAACUCCACAUCCACGAGGAUUCUGAGAACAUUGCAGAUGAACUCUUCAUUCAGACAAAGGGGUUUCACAUCAACAAUGAUACCUCAGAGAAAAAGUUCAACUUCUCUACGAGCAUGAACAAUAUGACAGAGGGUAUCAUAGGAAUGAUAGAAAUUCCCAGGCAAGAGCUGUGGAAGUUGCCACCAAAUGCAUCCCAAGCCAUUAGCAUAGCUUUUCCCACCUUGGGGGCCAUACUGAGAGAAGUCCACCUGCCGAACGUGAGUCUUCCUAGACCUGUAAAUGGUCUCGUCCUUUCAGUGAUUUUACCAGAAAGAUUGAAGCAAGUCUUACUCACCUUUGAGAAGAUCAAUAAAUCCCAGAAUGCCCGGGCCCAGUGUGUUGGCUGGCACUCCAGGAAAAGGAGGUGGGACGAAAAUGUGUGUGAAACCACGCUGGAGAUCAUGAACAAAGUAAAAUGCCAGUGUAACUACACCGGCAUGGUGAUGUCCUUUUCCAUUCUGAUGUCCCCCAAAUCUGUUGACAGCAAAGUCCUGGACUACAUCACCUGCAUUGGGCUCAGCAUCUCCAUCUUUAGCUUGAUUCUUUGCCUGAUCAUUGAAGCCGCUGUGUGGUCCCGGGUGGUUGUGACGGAGAUAUCCUACAUGCGUCACGUGUGCAUCGUCAACAUAGCUGUGUCGCUCCUGAUUGCUAACGUGUGGUUCAUCAUAAACUCUAACUUUCACAAAAAGGCCCAGGACUCCAAAUGGUGUGUCGCACUGACAUUUUUCAGCCACCUUUUCUACCUCUCUCUGUUUUUCUGGAUGUUCUUCAAAGCACUGCUUAUCAUCUAUGGGAUAUUGGUUGUUUUCCGUAGGAUGAUGAAGUCCCGCAUGAUGGCCAUCGGCUUUGCCAUUGGCUACGGGUGCCCGUUGGUCAUUGCUGGCACCACAGUUGCUAUCACAGUCCCGGAGAAAGGCUACAUGAGACCCGACGCCUGCUGGCUUAACUGGGACAACACCAAAGCCCUUUUGGCAUUUGCCAUCCCAGCCUUGGUCAUUGUGGCCGUGAACCUUGUGGUGGUUUUGGUUGUUGCUGUCAACACUCAGAGGCCCUCUAUUGGCAGUUCCAAGGCUCAGGAUCUGGCCAUAAUUAUGAGGAUCAGCAAAAAUGUUGCCAUCCUUACCCCAUUGCUGGGACUGACCUGGGGUUUUGGAAUAGCCACGCUUAUAGAAGGCACUUCCUUGAUAUUCCAUAUAAUCUUUGCCCUGCUCAAUGCCUUCCAGUCCCUCAUACUUCGGUUGAAUUUUGCCACAGGGAUUCUUCAUCCUGCUGUUUGGAACCAUCAUGGACCACAAGAUAAGAGAUGCUUUGCGGAUGAGGAUGUCUUCACUGAAGGGGAGAUCAAGGGCAGUAGAGAAUGCAUCAUUAAGCCCAACCAAUGGAUCUAAAUUAAUGAAUCGGUGAAAAUGACAGGCCGCUCCAUUCCUCAUGGACGUUCCCUGUCUUGGACUGAGAGUUGAGGUCUGGGAGAGGGAGACUGGAAUGCAGGGACAACCCGUGCUUUCCCGGAAGACUUUCUCUUCUUGCCAGACGUGACAGUUAAGCUGUCAGGGUGAAAAUGUUUGCUGAGGAAAAAGAAUACCGUUUGGUGAUGGGCCUUCAAGGAGGUAGAACCACUGACUCUGCCCAUGACUUGCAAGAGCCCGGCUUCUUGAUCAGCCUUGGCAAGAUUAAGUCAAAGAGACAUUUUCUGACCUGCUGAACACGCCUGGGGCUCUACUGGACAUUGUGUGCUUUCACUCCUAAAGCCUGCUCUGUGGCUCCAUAGGCCCUGUCAUUGUCACUCUGGAGAGAUCCUGGGCACUUUGGGGGACGGGAGUUAGAUC